AUGAAGAAAAAGUUAGUGGAUGUUAUCAAUAAAAUGCGAAUAAACCCUGGACACUAUAGGUCAUCUUCUGGUCCAGCUUUUCAUGUACAGUCCUCUUCUAAAACUCCCAAGUUUGGCUUGAGCAACAAGUUUGAUACAGAAUUUCCUUCUGUUCUGACAGGGAAGGUUGCCCCAGAAGAAUUCAAGACCAGCAUCAGUCGUGUGAAUACCUGUUUAAGAAAGAAUCUCCCUGUCAAUGUAAAAUGGCUGCUCUGUGGCUGGCUGUGCUGCUGCUGCACACUGGGCUGUAGCCUGUGGCCUGUAGUCUGUCUUAACAAAAGAACUAGAAGAUCAAUUCAGAAGUUAUUAGAAUGGGAAAAUAACAGACUAUAUCAUAAGCUUGGUUUGCACUGGAAGCUGAGUAAAAGGAAAUGCGAAACUAGCAAUAUGAUGGAAUAUAUGACACCACUGGUAAGCAAGAAGAUGGACCAAUUUCUGGGUCGUUGCGAUCCGGAAUUUCUGAGAUUGUUACGAAUACUGUCCUACUUCCGUAACACGCGGAAUCUUCUCAUCCCUUGCAAGAUGCUCCUCAGGAGAACCGGCCCGUCAGCAAUGAAGACCGAGAGAUGUCGCAACACUGCUGGAUAUCUGGAAGGCUUCCUUUGCUUCUGUGCCCCAGCAGCGGUGCUGCGCUGGAGUCGAAUCGGCGGCUGUAAAGUUCUUCUGCAAAGUGAAGUGACUCGGGGACUGACUGUGCUAAAUAAGCCAAGCCGAGCUCCUCAGCAGCUUCCUGCCACAAAAGUUGUGGCCCUUCCAAGUGGUGAAGAUGAUGAAGAUGACAGCGAUAGUGACAGUGAUGAUGAUGACGUGAAAGUUACUAUUGGCAACAUUAAAACGGGAGCACCGUCGUACAUGGGAACUCCGAUGAAUCUAAACUUAAAAACAGGUAGAGGCUAUGGAGCAUCUGCUUCAGCCAAGUUGCAGCCCAAAGGUAUUGACUUAGAUGCCGCAGGGAAUAUAAAUGGAUUGCCUGUUAUAGAAGUGGAUUUAGAUUCAUUUGAAGACAAACCGUGGAGGAAACCAGGUGCUGAUCUUUCUGAUUACUUUAAUUACGGAUUCAAUGAAGAAACAUGGAAAGCUUAUUGUGAAAAGCAGCGCCGGCUUCAGCUUGGACUGGAUCCUGCUCCUCCCAUCAGCACUGAAAAUAAGAUCACGGUUCAGCAAGGAAGAACAGGAAAUGCGGAAAAAGAAGUGGAAAACAACAUCAUCAAAACAGAAUUCAAAACAGACUUCUUGGCUCUGGUGGGAGGACGCAUGAAGGCUGGGCCUCCUCCUAAUAGGAAGCUGGGUGGGACAAUUGAUGUGAUCGGUGGCCAGGCAGGCACAAUUAGGCGAGUAGAAGGAAGACGUCGUGAUAAGCAUGCCUCUGAGGAAAACCCCAUUCAGGUCCUUGGAGACCACGGAAGUAAGCCACAACCCCCCCAGCAGCCCCAGCAGCCAUCACAGCCCCAACAACCACCUCAGCAACAGCCGUUUGCACCACCAGCAGGCCCACCGCCUCCCCCACUGGCUGGGCCACCUCCACCACACUUCCUCCACCCUCCUCCACCAGUUACUUCUGUUCCACCUCCCCUGCAUCCUCCAGGUCUGCCACCACCCGGUCCUAUUCCAGGGUUGUUCCCGCCUCCUCUGGCGCCGCCACCAGCUCUCCUCAUUCCAACCUUGGAUGGCCAGCCAGCCAGCUACAACAAUAGGCAGCCUCCUCCGUUCGGCUACAACUCUGCAGAUUCAGGUUUCAUCAGCUACCCACCCAUCUCCACAUCCCACACGCCCUGGGUGACGACGGUGGACAAAGGCACAAGCAGUUCCAGCAGCAGCCAUUGGGAGUACUCCGGCUCGAGGCGCGAGAGGGAGCGGGAGCGCGAGCGGGAAAGAGAAAGGGAGAGAGACCGAGACCGCACUCCAACCACUAGUGAAUACAACAAUGAUGAUGAACGAUACCGCUACUACAGCCGAGAGCGCAGCUACGACUUCGAGCGUGACUACCGCCGGAGUCGAGAUCGCAGCAGGGAGCGAGAGGAUCGUCACCGAGAGCGCAGGCACAGAGACAAAGAGGAGAGCAGCAAGCAUAAGUCUUCGAGGCGCAAGCAACACGAGAGCGAGGAGGGGGAGAGUCACCGGCGCCACAAGCACAAAAAGAACAAGCGUAGCAAAGAGGAGAAGGAGGCCAGUGAAGACGGUGCCCAGGAGGGAGAGGAGCAGGACGCCAAGGAGUAGCCCAGGCCCGCCGUCAGCCCUCGGCAGGAACUUCCUCCUUUUGAACCAGCGUGGCAUUGGUGAUGUUUUGUUGGGGGGUUUGACUUUCUUUUUCUUCAUUAUUUUUUUUAUUAUUUUUUUUUUUUCCCCAAGGGAAGAGAGGCUGACUCUGGGUGAGCAGUGAAGCAUGUGGCAGUGGUUUGAGAGCUGAGGCUGCACAUGCAGUUACAACUUUUUUUUUUUUUUUUUUUUUUUUGAUAGGAGAUGAAAUACAGCAGUCCUAGUAUACAAAGCACUGAGCUACUCAUACGCAUCCCUAGGGAGAACUUCGUUGUAUCAGAUCCUAUGGUUUCUGAUGGAAGAUGGCUUCAGCUGAAACUAACGCAUUUCGGUAAUAGUUUUUGUUUAUUUUUUGUCGUCAUCAUUCCUUUUUGAAAAAUAGGACAGUAAGUGCGACUUGAAAUUUAUUGUCCAAAGAAAAGUGUGACUUAGAUCCCGAGAGCCAGCUUAGAGUCUGGCUUCUAGUAGUGAAAAGUCUCAUCCCUGAAUAAAUUUCUUUAUAGCUACAAAAAUGUCUUCUGAUUUCUCUGUGGCCAGCGGGCAGCCUGCGAGGAGGAGCUGCCCUCCCCGGGGGGCCACAGGCUCCUGCUUUGGUGCGACGGCUUUGAGGAGCCAUCACGUGUGUUUACCCAGGGUGUAGAAAGACUUCAAACCUAGCUUUUUUUUUUUUCAUCCAUUGCAAAAAUAGUUCUGUCCUAUAUUACACCUCUAAGUGCGAAAUCAAGGGAAGACCCAUAGUAAGAGCAUGAGUUUCUCUUUAAUUAGUUUUGACUAACUUUUUUUUUUUUUUACUAAGAGUUGAGCUGAAUAAUCUAGCACGGUAGAGAACGUGAAGUCCCACCUAGCAGUUUGCCCUCACGGGGUUGGCUUAUUUCUGUUUGGUUCUCACCAACACUCCUGUGCGAUGCAUUCCUUCCCCCUAGAUCUCAAAAUAAAUUCAGUCAAAUUCCA